GAAACGUCAGAUAUAAAUUUUGUAAACAAAGCAGUUAUAUUCAACUUUUUAGUAAUUUUUAUUAAAAUAUUUUCAGUUUAUUGAACGAAAUGGGAGUUUACACAAACAACAGCAACAACAACGCACCCCCAACUUGCAUGGCCCAAGCCGAGGCGAAGAAAUCGCCAACGGCAGCGGAAGAAUCGGUUCCGGUAACCAAAACAAAGAGCAAAACGGCCCGCCCCAAGCCGGUCUACCUGUGGACGGUGGCCGACUCGCAAAAGUGGCUCCGGCGGCACUGCAGCGAGCGGUGCGCCACCUACAGUGACCUCUUCCAGAAGCAUGAGAUUACGGGUCGUGCGUUGCUCCGGAUAACGGACGAUUCGCUGCACCGGAUGGGAAUCGAGGAUGAGAAAGACAGGGAGGACAUUUUGAGGGAGAUGAUUAAGCAGCGACUGAAGACGGAUAUUAUGGAGAUUCGGGACAUGGAAAUGAUGAAUAAUGUGUACGAGAACUGUUAUUAAAAAUAUAGGGC